UAGAAGACUCUAGUCCUUUAAUGCAUGAUAUUUUUAUAUUAUAUUUUGAAGCAUCCAUAGUCUUUCCUUAAUUACCCGCGAUGAAAGUCACAUGAAGGAAAAGAAGAUUUAUGAGUGGAUACUGUGUCAAAAAAAUGUCUGACCCGAAACACUACUCGAUAUCUCAGGGUAAUUUCAUAUCCACUGAGCCAGACACAAGUGGUUUUGACCUGUCCUCUGGUGGAAAAUGGAUUUAUCCAGAAAACUAUCCCAGGAGGGACUAUCAAUUCAAUAUUGUACAGACUGCCUUGUACAACAACACCUUAGUAUGCUUGCCAACAGGUUUGGGAAAGACAUUCAUUGCUGCAGUAGUAAUGUACAACUUCUGGAGGUGGUACCCCCAAGGCAGAGUUGUUUUCUUGGCUCCUACAAAGCCACUUGUUGCUCAACAAAUCAAUGCAUGCCAUGAGAUUAUGGGUAUCCCAAGUAAUGAAACUAUUGAACUUACGGGUGCGAUAAAUCAAACUAAGCGAGCAGUUGCAUGGUCUCAAAAAAGAGUCAUAUUUGCCACUCCACAGACAUUCCAAAAAGAUCUUCAGAAUGACUAUAUUCCAUAUAAUUUAAUCAAAUGUAUUGUUAUUGAUGAAGCUCACAAAGCUUUGGGGAAGCAUUCUUAUUGUGAGAUUGUUCGUAUGCUAUAUGAAAAAAAUAAAUUUUUUCGAAUUUUGGCUUUGUCAGCAACACCAGGGAGUAAAAUUGAUCAUGUUCGAGAAGUCAUUCAAAAUCUACUUAUUUCUGAGCUGGAACUCAGAGAUGACACAUCACCAGAUAUUACACCCUACACCAAUGACAGAUCAAUGGAAAAAAUUAUUGUUGCUUUAGAUCAAGAUCUAAAUGAUUACAAAGAUAGAUACAUUAAUAUCAUGGAUCCUCAUGUUAGGAUACUUAUAAAAAGCCACAUUCUACAAGGCAGUGCAGCUAAUAUCUCUAAAGGGAGAAUAUUUCUGUUAAUGAAGCAGUAUGAGAGCAGACCUAAUAAAGCACAAAAUCAUGGGACAAUUAUGAAAACUUUAAAUAUUUUAUUGACAAUGUAUCAUGCUUAUGAAUUAUUAUUGAAGCAUGGGUUGCGAGCAUUCUAUCAUUUUUAUUUAAAUCAUUCUGAUAAGUUUUGGCUUAAUGCAGAAGUAGAGCUAAAAUUGAUGUUGGAGGACAUAAAAGUACAUAUUGGAGAUUUUCCUGUGAUACAGCCUUCAGAUGAUGGAAAUAUUCCUGAUAUACCUGACAAUAUUGUUUUUGGCCACAGUAAAUUUAAAAAACUUCAAGAACUAUUAGUUAAUCAUUUCAAAUCAUUUUCUUUACAAAACAAGAGUACAAGAGCAAUUGUUUUUGUCGAGUACAGAGAUAUCGUUAAUGAAGUAUACGUUUUGUUAUUACAAACAAGACCACUUAUUCGACCACAGAUGUUCGUUGGUCAAGCUGGACAAAAACAAAAACAGCAACUUGCAGCAUUAGAGGAUUUUAGAAACAAUAAAGUAAAUGUAUUAAUUUCAACUUCUGUUGGUGAAGAAGGCCUAGACGUUGGAGAAGUAGAUUUAAUAGUUUGUUUUGAUAUUUCAACUAGUACUCCUACUAGGCUUGUUCAAAGAAUGGGUAGAACAGGAAGAAAAAGAAGUGGACGUGUAGUACUUUUACUGACUGAGGGAAAAGAAGUGCUGACAUUGAACCAAGCAAUGUCAAAAAAAAACUCUUUAAAUAACAAAGUAUUACAGUCUAGCAACAUAGCAUCUUCAUUAAAUCAGUCAAGUCCACGUAUGGUUCCUCAGAACAUUACUCCAGAAUGUCUUCCAAUGUUCAUCAAAGCUUUGCCAAAAACUCCAAAAGUCAGAGGCAGAAGAGCACUUGCUCAGAAAGUAGCAAAACCUGCAGCUGAAAAGAAACCUAGAAAAAAGAAAAAGGAUGCCAUUGAGGAAGAUGACAACAACUUGAUUGAGCACUCUACAUCAAAAUCUCCAUGCAAACCUUCACAGUCUAAAUCUCCUACAAAAAAAACUACUACUAACCAAAAGUUUAUGGGUAAUAAUCAGUCAUCCAUGGUAAAAUUUUUAACGGACCAGCGCCAACCAAAGAAGUCACUAUAUCCUCAAGAAACUGAUUCAGGUUUCGCUGAAGACUUUCAAUUGCCGGAAGAUCGCUACAAUCCAUACUCUUACAUUCAUCCAUACGAAGUAAAACUUUUAACGUCCGAUCAUCACGCUCUCGAGUUUUUAACGUUAUGCGCAAUGAAAAAAUCAGAAGAAUCGUCAUCGAUGAACACUUUAGAAUUAGACCUGAACUGGAUACCUCCAAGAUCACCAGUAACAAAAGAUAUGUUUCGUGAUUUGACAAUCCCAUCGAUGGAAAGUCUCGAGUGUAUCAGCAAUUUGAAGUUAAAUGAGAUACCUAGUAUUGAAAGCGAUGGUGACAGUUUAUUUCCAGAUAGUUUACAAAUACGUCGACAAUGUAGUUACGAUUCGAAUGUUUACAAUGAUUUUACACAAAAAGACGAAAAUAUGGACGGUAAUUACUUCGAUAAAUUUGAGGAUGUUAAACCUAAGUACGUUAUAGGUGAAGGUUCAAUGGCAGUGCAGAAGAAAAGUGUGAAAGAAAACAUCGAGAUCGCCGCUGCAGAUUUCUUCUGCACAUUCGAUGAAAGUAAACGUAACUCUAUUGUCUUAAGCAAGCAGCCGUUACAGAAGAAUUUUGAUGAAAUGGAGAUCUCAGCUGCAGACUUUUCCUCCACUUUUUUCGACAACAAACCCGUAAAUAGUACAAUUAAGCGAGACGACGACCCAAAAAGAGAUUCGCAAUCUUUGUCUAACAUUACUCCAGCGAAUGUGGAAGUGGACUUUGAAAAUCUACUCGACGAGUACACCGAAUCUGAAACAUCUGAAAAUCCAGCUCUACUUACCGAAGGUGAAAACAUCUUUGACGAUCUUCUGGAAGAUGACUCUACUGAUGAAGAUUUGUUUGCCGAACAGAACGUUACAGUGGUACCUAACCUCAACGAAACUGUUCGAGCAAAGAGAAGUGCAAGUGUGAGUCCAAAGAGAGAAUCCCCGUCAAAAAAGCAAAAGAUCAGUCGCGUAGAUUCAGAUUCUUUAGAUAAUGAGUCGACAAUAAUGGCUACUUCACCGAAACCAAGUAAGUCAGUGCUUAGCGAUAAAAUAGUCAGUUCAGUGAAAGAAGAAGAGAUAGAUUCAGAGGAGGAUAUUUUCGACGGUUUGGAUUUUGAUGAAACGCAAUUUACUGGUGAGAAAAUGGCGAAUGAUACGUUUCGGAAAGAAAUGAGCAUCAGUCCUGUAUUCUCUAGAGAAGAUAAAAAUAAGAGUUUAGUUUUUCAAGAUACGCAGUUAAAAAAAGAUAUGAGCAAAAGUCCCAUAUCUACGGAUCACGAGAAAAAUGCGCUAUUAGAUGGAGAAAAUGAAGACUUCGAGAGUAGAAUGAUUGUCAGUCUCGUAUGUUCGAUAGAAGAUAAAAACAAAAGUUUAAGUAAAAGUUUUGCGUUGGCGAGAGAAAAUGAGAAUAAAAGUUUAGUUUUUGAAAACAUCGAGCAGGAGGUGCAAAGAAGCGCAAGUCCAGUGUUCUCGAAACAAAUAAUAAGUAAAAGUCAGGAAGCGAAAAAAGAGAUACUUGCUAUACAACUGAAUGACGACGAUUGGUUUGACGAUGAUUUUGAUUUUAUACCGGUUGAAAAGAAGGUCAGUAAUUUUUUUCCACCCAAAACUUCCUCUUCUAGUGGCUGGAUUAACGCACGACAAAGUCAACAAAGUCAGCAGAAGAGAAAAGAUUUAAGUGUAAAGAGUUGGUGUACAAAUAGUAAAAAGACUGAUAAUUCUAAGAUGUUAACAGAAAUAGAAAGGUCGGCACUCCAGUUUUCAAGUCUUAAACCAACGACGAAUAAAGAUAAAGAUGUUUUUGCUAUGCCUGUCGCGCUAAAACUUGAUAAAAAAAAUCAAAUACCUGUCUGGAAGCAACGUUUGAACACCAUAAAGAACAACGGUAGCAUUAGUCCCGGCCUUCGGAAGUAUCGUUCAGAAAGCGACUUGUGCAGUAGUGUUGAAAAGGCUCGAAAGAAAGUAAAGAAACGACGCAGACCGAGAGCAAGAAAACGAUUGGCCAGUCGCUUUAUUGACCAAGAGGCUGAAGUGUCAAGCGAUUAUAAUACUUCGGAAGGUAGUUCAGGUGAUGAAAAACUUGAUGACGAUCUAGACAGUUUCGUCAGUUAUACCCAGGAUGUAUCGGACGCCACUGACAUGAAAGCACAUUACUUGCAGACCAUCAAUAAAAGUCCCAUCCGAGCUGGUGCUUUUAUGAUUAAAGAAAUUAGGAGAAAAAUUCCGGAUACAGAAAUUUUCUCUCAACCUGUCGCGAGAGAAGAAAUAGAGGAGAGUUAUCUUUAUGAUUCCUUUUGCGUCGGCGACGAGACACAGGUGAAUGGUAACGAAAACGAAUUAGAAGAGUCAAUACUUGAAAAAAUGGAAUCGAAUUUAGAAAGCAGACGACGAAAUAUAAGAAAGAAAAAAGAAAAAGCACGCUUGAAAUUCAAUUGCCUGAAAAAAAAGAAAGUUUCGAGUAGCAGGGCAAACGACAGCAGCAGCGAAGAUGAAGCAGAAAUUUUGAGGAGACAAAUAAUGGAGGAGUCUAUAAUGUUGAAACAAUAGUUAAUUUUCAAAGUACUAAUUUAAUACGACAUCGUUAAAUCUGCUAUGAAUGUAUAUACGUUUUUUUGUAAAUUUAAGAUUUGUAUAUAGUUGGUUAUAUUGUAAAUUUUGUAACGUAUAUGUUAAAUUAAGUUAUUAUGAAAGUGAACAUAUAUUGUUUUAUGUGUAUAUUAACUUUGCAAUACUGCAGGAGCUGUGAUUCAUUAUUAAAAUAAAUGCAAAAGUAAUACUAAA